GAUUCAGAGGAUAAAGAGAAUAAGGACAUUAUAUUAAGAAUUAAUUUCGCGAUUGAUAAAUACAAUAAAGGCAUAUAUGAUUAUGCCUUUUCUGCUUUAAAUGAUUUAACGAAAGAAUAUAAUUUGAAGCCUAAAAUCUAUCGACUAAUUGAAUAUUAUUUAGCAUUUUGUUAUAUACAUGGGCAUGGUGUGAAACAAGAUAAAGCUUAUGCUUUAAGAAUCACAAAUCAUUUACGCGAUAAUAAAAACUAUGAAGAUGCAUUAAAAAUUUAUCUAGAAUUAACUAAGGCUGAUGAAGUAACAUUGAAAGCAUUACGUAACUGCUAUACGUUUAAAGAACUUAUUCACAAUGAAGACCUUGUUUUUACAAUAGCAUUAGAACUUUAUAGUAAACAAAAAUAUAAAGAAUCAUUUGAUUUUUUUCCAAACUUAGUUCAA